CCGGACUCAACAUGCACCGCUUGCGGGGAGGCAUCUGGCUAGCGGUGGCUGCAUCGCUCCUUCACGUGUCCCUGCAAGGCGAGUUCCAGAGGAAGCUCUACAAAGAGCUAGUCAAGAACUACAAUCCCUUGGAGAGGCCGGUGGCCAACGACUCGCAGCCGCUCACUGUCUACUUCUCCCUGAGCCUCCUGCAGAUUAUGGAUGUGGAUGAGAAGAACCAAGUUUUAACCACCAACAUUUGGCUACAAAUGUCUUGGACAGAUCACUAUCUGCGAUGGAAUAUGUCAGAGUACCCGGGCGUGAAGACUGUCCGUUUCCCAGAUGGCCAGAUUUGGAAACCAGAUAUUCUUCUCUAUAACAGUGCUGAUGAGAGGUUUGAUGCCACGUUCCACACCAACGUGUUAGUGAAUUCCACUGGGCAUUGUCAGUACCUCCCUCCAGGCAUAUUCAAGAGCUCCUGCUACAUUGAUGUGCGCUGGUUCCCCUUCGAUGUGCAGCAGUGCAAGCUCAAGUUUGGGUCCUGGUCUUAUGGAGGUUGGUCCCUGGAUUUGCAGAUGCAGGAGGCAGACAUCAGCGGCUACAUCCCGAAUGGAGAGUGGGAUCUUGUGGGAAUCCUGGGGAAGAGGAGUGAGAAGUUCUAUGAGUGCUGCAAAGAGCCGUACCCCGACGUCACCUUCACGGUGACCAUGCGGCGCAGGACCCUCUACUAUGGCCUCAACCUGCUCAUCCCCUGCGUGCUCAUCUCCGCCCUGGCCCUGUUGGUGUUCCUGCUGCCUGCAGACUCUGGCGAGAAAAUCUCCCUGGGGAUAACGGUUUUACUUUCCCUCACUGUCUUCAUGCUGCUUGUGGCUGAGAUCAUGCCUGCGACGUCUGAUUCAGUGCCGUUGAUUGCCCAGUAUUUUGCCAGUACCAUGAUCAUUGUCGGCCUCUCUGUCGUUGUGACGGUGAUCGUGCUGCAGUACCACCACCAUGACCCUGACGGGGGCAAGAUGCCCAAGUGGACCAGAGUCAUCCUCCUGAACUGGUGUGCCUGGUUUCUGCGCAUGAAAAGGCCGGGGGAGGACAAGGUGCGCCCUGCCUGCCAGCACAAGCAGCGCCGCUGUAGCCUGGCCAGCGUGGAGAUGAAUGCCAUGACUGGGCCACCCACCAGCAAUGGGAACCUGCUCUACAUUGGCUUCCGUGGCUUGGACACUGUGCACUGUGCCCCGACACCUGACUCUGGGGUCGUGUGUGGCCGCAUGGCCUGCUCGCCCACACAUGAUGAGCACCUCCUGCACGGUGGGCAGCCUGCUGAAGGUGACCUGGACCUGGCCAAGAUCUUGGAGGAGGUCCGCUACAUUGCCAGCCGCUUCCGAUGCCAGGAUGAGAGUGAGGCCAUCUGCAGCGAGUGGAAGUUUGCGGCCUGCGUGGUCGACCGCCUCUGCCUCAUGGCCUUCUCCGUCUUCACCAUCAUCUGCACCAUUGGCAUCCUGAUGUCUGCUCCCAACUUUGUUGAGGCCGUGUCCAAAGAUUUUGCUUAACCAUGCCUGGUGUUGUAAUUUUGAAAAAUAA